GCGUGAGCAAAGGGUGGAUAAGUAUGUAUAAUAGAGCAGUCCUGUAUUUCGAGUCUGAUGGCGACAAACAUCACCAGAGCACAAUAAUGCUGGUCGCCAGAAAGGGGCUCACUCAACUCGAAAUUCGCGCGAGACACGGUCACACGCGCUUCUGGAAUUAAAGCCCCUGAAUCUCCUCUGCAGCAAGGGCAUAAGGUCUCGUAAAGUCAGAAGACGGUCCGGCGACGACUGGCAACCAUGUCUCUAAACGGACUGGAUGUACCAGAAGUGCAGCAAGCCUAUCAGGCUACAUUGAGCGAAGCUGGGGGAUGGUUUCUCUUGAAAUACGUCUCUCGCGACGAGGUAGCCCUGCUUGGCAGUGGGCAAGCGGGCCUGAGCGAAGCAAGAACGGUCAUCCUGCAGUAUGAGGAACUGUCGCCUCUGUAUGGGCUGGUGGUUUACAGGCGCCGAAAGGUGCUCGUCAAAUAUGUGCCCGAAGGAACAUCGCGACUAUUGCAAGCGCGGACGACGGUACACCUCCGGGACGUCCAGGACAAAUGGGCGCCGUACGAGACGAUGCUCGAGAUUGGGACGGCCGAAGGGCUGAACGACACGGCUCUAGCAGCGGCCUUUCCUCUUCACACCGCCUCACCCGCACUGUCCAGCAAUCAAUUGAAUGAGAUCACCGAAGACAACGAGGAUGGCGACGCCCCUAGGCCGCUUACCCACACUCCGUCCAUCUCGUCGGUGUCGGGUCGAAGACCUACGCUUGAAAAGCGGCCGCCUUCCCAGCGUUCUUACCGCGCUCCGUCCUUCACGAGUGCCCAGUUCAGCGGCGAGCAUUCGCCUGUGUUAAAGCACAAGUCAUCUCUAUCGCAGUUUCUGGUCCGGGAAGAGCUAGGGCAUAAAUCAGUCACACAGCUGAAUGGAUAUCCGACAAACGAAGACAACGCCUCGAUCAAGGACGACGCCGCGUCGAUACUCAGCACGCGUACAGAAUCUGCCCUUCCAUUAGCCUCUCCUACACGGACGCCUGCCAAUGAGUCGGCUGACUACGAUUUGGAGCGGUAUCUCGAUUCGUUCUUCAAGCCAAAGGUCAAGCUUGGCCCGCGUCCAGUGAACGUUGUUGAAAAGGGUAGGCACACGACAGCAUCCGCCCCCGUGUCGAGCCUUCCUGCUGGAGUUCAAUUUAGGACAAAGCAACCUCUGGCACAGCCGCAACCACAUUAUCCCGUAUCUCGCAGUCGACUUACGGAUCACGCUCCUUCGGGUACCACGGCGCCGCCGAGGCUACCUUCACUUCAUUUCUCACCCCAAAUCCCCGACAUCCCCGAGUUUUUACCACCACGACCUAAUUCAAGAGGAAGCUCUCGCUCGUUACCAGCUCCCCGAGCAUCCAAAACAUUUCUGACUCCUGACAAGCAGCGACUUAUGAAAGCGCUGGAGAUGAGGAAGAAACAAACGAAAGCCUCGGCUCCUGUAGAGUCGAUGUCUCAGUCGGCCGCUGCGAAUGUCACUAGUCCAGCAUCCGUGGAUCCUGCGCGAGUUCAGGCGCAGGAGAUGCCGCAGAAUUCGGGCGCAAAUAAGGCAGACUCCGGUAUUGACAUUGCGCAUAGCUCCAUCGCCAAGGAGGUUCAGACGCCUCUUUCGCCAGAGGAGCUGGAUCCAGUGACGGAGAUACCAUCAGUACAACCUGUCGCUGGACUGGGUUCUGACAAUGAACAAGCAGACACUCCUCCCGCAAACUCUAUCAUGCCUAGUGUCAGCGAGGCGACGACUCUUGAUACGAAUAUGGAAAACACUACUGCGAUAUCAACACACGUCGAGCCAGAGCCAACGCUGAACGAAGAAGAAUCACCGAAUACUAUUACAAUUGACUCUCUCACUCAGAACGAGGACACCAUUGUCGUGCACGGUCCAAGCGCAGAGGCUGGUGGCAUUCAACACUCACUUGUUGACGGUUCCACCGUCACUGAAGUACAAGAUCGUGACUCUCAGGACGAUACAGUGGCGGUUCAAAAGCUCGAACGACCUGCAGAGCCUACAAUUUCCCAUCGUGAUUCUCAGCCAGAGGCCUCUCAAGACUCGAUCCACAUCCCCUCCAAGGACUCUCCUAGGGAGCGAGACAGUUUCCAGCCAGAAACCGAAUUUAGCGCUGAAGACCCAAAUAAGAAGCGUCGUCGCGGUUUGCUGGAACCCUUGCAGAUUCAAGUACGUCUAGAACGCCACACUUCAGAGCACAAGUUCCUCUCGGACGACGAUUUCAUGGACGAGCUACAGACCGCCACGUUCGAGCAGGCGACGCCUAUUGCCAUGUCUAAAUCGCCCGCAAGCCCGUUCUUCCCUCCAAGACGUCCCAGUUCCCGUUCAGCCAAGUCGUCCAACUCGGCCACUACUGCAGUCUCGACAGAAUCUGUCCCCAUCGUACCUUCUGUUAGCGACACCUUGGAAAAGCGCCAAAUCGCUCCUGAAUUAUUGCUUCCUUCGGAACCUCAGUCUGUACUGCCGACCAGAACACCAUCAGUCUCAUCGGUCAGGACCACAGAUUCCGGGCCACUCAUGCGCAAGUCAAACGUGUCUUCUGGUAUAUCUGCUAGAAUUGCAGCACUCGCCGAAUCCUCAACACGCGAGGGGAGUCCACCUGUGGUGCCUGGAUCUCGCAAGCUGUCUGCGAAUUCUACCAUAGCACAGCGCAAGAGCUCUUACAUCGACCAGUCAGCCGACAACCAGACUAGUGGUGGUGCCGAGAAGAGAUAUGUUGGAAAGUUGUCUGUUUGGCCUGCUGCGACACCAUCUAACCCUUCAAACUUGAAGACUCGCACUGCUCAGCCGGGCAAUCGCGACUCGGUUUCGGUCACUGCACGCAUUGUUCGCGUUCCCCGUGCAGGAGAACCCGCCAACGCGUCAAAACUGCAGGCCUCUCCUUUGCUUUUCAACCACCAGCGUCCUGCAACGGCCAGCCGCGUUACCCCUGCCCCUAUCAUCACAAACGGCUUCUCAUCUAAGCUCUCACAAGGGGAACAUGACAGUGUUAUGUCCCCUGCGAGCAGAGACGGCAUGGCUUCGCGUGGCUCUGUAGAGACGAACGCAACCAGCAAACGCAAGUCAUUCGACCGCAAAUCGUUCAAGAGUCUGACCGGUCCCACGAGCCCAAAGAAGAACGCACUCAAGCAGAGCAUGACAAUGCCGCCUAUUGAGACCAGCCCUGAUAAGUCGAGCCGUACUAGCCGGUUCUUCAAGCGCAUCUCUCAUCUUGGUAAGGACAAGAAGAAGAGCCCGCCUCAGGUGCCUACGAUCACUACUACGCCCUCUGAGCCCAUGUCCCCUACAUCUAUCUCCCAAUCGGGCCCAACCAGUCCUGCAGCCAUCACCUCGAUUCCGGAACUUAUCCCGGCACCAGGGUCUGAACUUGCACCUGCUCCAAUUGUCGCUCCCAAUCCAGCUGUUUCUGCAAUCUCGACCCCUAAACCCCGUCCGGAUUCCAUCGCCGACGUCCCUCCUCCUGUCUCAAUUGGAGAUUUCAAUGUUCAAUUCCCAGACGCCAUGCUUUGGAAGCGACGCUGGAUUGAGAUUGAUAGCACCGGCCACAUCAUCUUCACUGCAGCUGCUCGUCACAGCAACGUUCACAGACCAUUCAAUUCGAAAUUCCAUCUGAAGGAUAUCAGUGCUCCUUUUAUACCUGACCUCGACCGACAGGAGAUGCCACACAGUGUGAUAUGCGAUCUUGUUCAAGGAGAAGGUUCAAUACAGUGUGCCAGCGAAGAUGCCAUGUCGCAGCGUCAACUACUGUCUCUGCUCACCACUUACUACCAAGCAUGGAAGUCUGUUUAGUCUUAGUUCUUGGGAACACAGAUCCACAUGCCUUCGACGACGGAUCAGGGCAGCACAGGAUAAUGCUGCCUAUUACCAUUCCUAAGCUACAGCACUUUCUCCUCGGUCGAAACGCAUCCAGUCAUUCGUUUAAUGCCUUUACUUGUUUGCUCUUAGAUACCCCUUUCCAUUUCUUUUCUCUUCUAGCCCACUCGGGAUUUUCUAUGUAAAAUAAUUCAACCUGGAGGCUUGCCUCGUAUAUUUCUCUGACACCAUGAUUCAAGCUCAUGUACAUUGUGUGUCCAAAAAAUGACAGUAUGGUUGCCGAAGAAUGA